AUGGUCCUCGGGAGGCGCUUCACCUUUGAAUAUCGCCGGAUCUUCGCAAAGAUCACGCGAACCCAGAUGGGGAAGCCAGGAAGUGAAGAGACGUUGACAUCAGACCGACACGUGCACGACACAAUCCGGCAUCAAAACGAAUCGAGCAAAUGCUUGAAAUUUAAAAAUGGACGACCCGGAAGCUCAGGCGUUUCCAAAAACCGAGCACCCUUC